GGGCGGGCGGGGGGGGCCGGCCGCGCGCUGGUGCGGAGCGAGGGCGCCCCGGGGACCCGGACGCACGGCUGGCGCGCGGGACGCGGCCAUGGAGGACGCGGGAGCAGCCGGCCCGGGGCCGGAGCCCGAGCCCGAGCCCGAGCCCGAGGGGGGCGCCGGCAUGUCCGAGGCGUUCUCCCGGCUCUGGAGCGACGUGAUGGGCAUCCUGGACGGCUCCCUGGGAAACAUCGAUGACCUGGCGCAGCAGUAUGCAGACUAUUACAACACCUGUUUCUCCGAUGUCUGCGAGAGGAUGGAGGAGCUGCGGAAGCGGAGGGUUUCCCAGGACCUGGACGUGGAGAAACCCGAUGCCAGCCCCACGUCACUUCAGCUGCGGUCCCAGAUCGAAGAGUCGCUUGGCUUCUGUAGCACCGUGUCAACACCAGAAGUGGAGAGAAAGAGCACUCUUCCUAAGUCAAACUCAGAAGACGGCUCUGUAGGAAAAGGAGAUUGGAAGAAGAAAAAUAAGUAUUUCUGGCAGAACUUCCGAAAGAACCAGAAAGGAAUAAUGAGACAGACUUCAAAAGGAGAAGAUGUGGGCUACGUUGCCAGCGAGAUAACAAUGAGUGAUGAGGAACGGAUUCAGCUGAUGAUGAUGGUCAAGGAGAAGAUGAUCACCAUUGAGGAAGCACUUGCAAGGCUCAAAGAGUAUGAGGCCCAGCACCGGCAGUCAGCGGCCUUGGACCCUGCCGACUGGCCAGACGGUUCCUACCCGACGUUCGAUGGCUCGUCAACCUGCAACUCAAGAGAACAAUCGGAUGAUGAGACUGAGGAGUCGGUGAAGUUUAAGAGAUUACACAAGCUGGUCAGCUCCACUCGCAGAGUGAGAAAGAAACUAAUCAGGGUGGAAGAAAUGAAAAAGCCCAGCACCGAAGGCGGGGAGGAGCAUGUGUUUGAGAAUUCCCCAGUUCUGGAUGAGAGGUCCGCCCUUUAUUCUGGAGUACACAAGAAGCCAUUUUUCUUUGAUGGCUCUCCUGAGAAACCUCCAGAAGAUGAUUCAGACUCUCUCACCACUUCUCCAUCAUCCAGCAGCCUGGAUACCUGGGGAGCCGGCCGGAAGUUGGUCAAAACCUUCAGCAAAGGAGAGAGUCGGGGCCUGAUUAAGCCCCCCAAGAAGAUGGGGACGUUCUUCUCCUACCCAGAAGAAGAAAAGGCCCAGAAGGUCUCCCGCUCCCUAACUGAGGGGGAGAUGAAGAAGGGUCUCGGGUCCCUGAGCCAUGGGGUAAGUACGGAUGGUGUUUGCUUCUAUGACCACCACCGACGUAGGCACCACCUUCUAGUGUCCCUGGAGGAGGUUCAGAGUGUCCGGAAGCAAAUCCGCCUGAAGAAAAUGGAUACUAAUUAUUCAUGUUCCAGAGCUUUUCUCUGCCAGCGUCCCUCCAGAAAAGGAGUCAGCAGUGUGACCUGUGACCUGCUCCGGCAGAAACCCAAAGGGGGAGGGAGCUGCGGCGUCCCCAGCAGGAGGGCGCGCGGGCGCCCCUCGGUCAGCGAGUUCAAUAUCACCUACGUGGUGGAGCGGAGCCUGUACAGCCACCUGAACCUGACCCAGCUAGUGCGGCCUGCCUCGGACAGGACCCUGAGCAAGGCCGAGAGACAGGACCUCAGGCGGUGCCUGCUGGAGGAGGAUGAGGAGACCAAGAGGAAGUGGGCCGCCACGGUCGACCGCUGUACUAAAAGGGUUCUCUUGAGAAUCCACCAGAAGUCCAGAACCUGCAGUUUUGGAGGAUUUGACUUGACGAAUCGUUCUCUACACAUUGGCAGCAACAGUUCGGACCCAAUGAGUAAAGAAGGAGAUUUUGUGUACAAAGAAGUUAUCAAAUCACCCACGGCCUCCCGCAUCUCUCUUGGAAAAAAGGUGAAAUCCGUGAAAGAGACAAUGAGGAAGAGAAUGUCUAAAAAAUACAGCAGCUCUGUCUCUGAGCAGGACUCGGGCCUGGAGGGAAUGCCCGGCUCCCCUCCGUCUUCACAGCCUGACGGUGAACACAUGGACAAACCGAAGCUCAAAGCCGGAGGUUCUGUCGAGAGUCUGCGGAGUUCUCUGAGUGGCCAGAGCUCGAUGAGUGGUCAGACCGUAAGUACCACGGAUUCCUCAACCAGCAACAGGGAGAGUGUCAAGUCAGAAGACGGUGAUGAUGAGGAACCCCCCUACCGGGGCCCCUUCUGCGGGCGUGCCAGGGUGCACACCGACUUCACGCCUAGUCCCUAUGACACGGACUCACUCAAGCUCAAGAAAGGAGACAUCAUCGACAUAAUCAGCAAGCCACCCAUGGGCACCUGGAUGGGUCUGUUGAACAACAAGGUCGGCACAUUCAAGUUCAUCUAUGUAGAUGUGCUAAAUGAGGAAGAAGAGAAGCCCAAGCGCCCAACCAGGAGGAGGAGAAAAGGAAGACCACCCCAGCCCAAAUCUGUGGAGGAUCUCCUUGAUCGGAUCAACCUGAAAGAGCACAUGCCCACUUUCCUGUUCAAUGGGUAUGAAGACCUGGACACCUUUAAGCUCCUGGAGGAGGAAGAUUUGGAUGAGUUAAAUAUCAGGGACCCGGAACACAGGGCUGUUCUCUUGACGGCGGUGGAGCUGUUACAGGAAUAUGACAGUAACAGCGACCAGUCGGGAUCCCAGGAGAAGCUGCUUGUCGACAGCCAGGGCCUGAGUGGAUGCUCUCCACGAGACUCCGGGUGCUACGAGAGCAGCGAGAACCUGGAAAAUGGCAAGACUCGGAAGACCGGCCUUCUCUCUGCCAAGUCGUCAGUGGAGUCCAGCUUUAAGUCCUUCAACAGGAAUCAGCUGGGCAACUACCCAACCCUGCCUUUGACAAAGUCCGGGGAUGCGCUGAAGCCCGGGGAGGAAGGCAGGCUGGGCAGCGGUCUCGCCCCUCACACCUCCAAGUGCUGUGACCAGCCAUGUGUGACUGGUCUGAAGAAAAACCGAAGAAGCCUGCCCGUUUCCAUCUGUCGGAGCUGUGAGACCCUGGAGGGCCCCCAGCCCGUGGAAACUUGGCCCAGAUCCCAUUCCCUGGACGACCUUCAAGGAGAGCCUGCUGCUGAGAAGGAUGUGCCCGGCGAGGUGACAGAACCCUCCCCUCAGAUUGUACCACAAGUGCCACAAAAGACAACCCCCUCCAUCACAAAGGUUCAAAGCCCCAAACGAGAUCCUGCUGUUGACAAUGCACUGCUACUGACCCAAAGCAAGAGAUUUUCUGAACCUCAGAAGACAGCUAAGAAACUAGAUGGCUCCAUAGCAGCCUCCUCCCGUGGCACAUCACCUCCUCCGUGUUUGCCCAAAAACUAUGAUGCUCAACCUCCUGGAGUUAAACACGGUUUAACAAGGACACCUCUCGAGGGUCACAGGAAAGGACUCGAGUCUGAAGGAACACAUCAUCCCGUGGGCACCAAAGAAGGCCUAGAUGCCGCGCAGAGGGGCCCCGAGGCAAGAACGCAGGCCAGACAUCCCUCCCAGCCUCCACCUGUUCCCGCCAAGAAAAGCCGAGAACGCCUGGCCAACGGACUCCACCCCGGCCCUCCCGGUCCCGACGCACCAAGCCUGCCCGCUAAAAAAGGCAGCCCCGGUGACUGUCACUCACCUCAGGCUCCUAGGCCUCCCUCGGCACAGGAGCCCGGCAGCCCGCCCAGCUCGAGGCCGCCACCCUGGCUCUCAGAGCUCCCGGAGAGCGCCAGCCUCCAGGAGCAUGGCGUGAAGCUGGGCCCGGCUCUGACCAGAAAGACCUCCUGCGCCCGGGGAGUGGACCUGGAAACGCUCACUGAGAACAAGUUGCGAGCUGAAGGCAUCGAUCUCACUGAGGAGCCGUACUCUGAUAAGCACGGCCGCUGUGGGAUUCCCGAAGCCCUGGUGCAGCGAUAUGCAGAGGACUUGGAUCAGCCCGAGAGGGAAGUUGCCACCAACAUGGACCAGAUCCGCGUGAAGCUGCUUCGGAAGCAGCACCGCAUGGCGAUCCCAAGUGGUGGACUCACAGAAAUCUGUAGAAAGCCCCUCUCUCCCGGAUGUGUCUCGUCUGUGUCAGAUUGGCUGGUUUCCAUCGGUCUGCCCAUGUAUACCAGCGCCCUCACUGAAGCCGGGUUCAGCACAUUGGGCCAAGUGCCUUCUCUGUCCCACACUUGCCUUCAGGAGGCCGGCAUCACAGAGGAGAGACACAUAAGCAAGCUUGUGUCUGCAGCCAGACUCUUCAAACUGCCACCAGGCCCCGAGGCCAUGUAGCCAGGCCCAUCAUGGAGCUCCCCGGACAAGAGCCACCCUUUCACUGUGCUUAGGAUGCUAACGCAAUCCCUCCUCCUUGGGACCUGCAGACCAGAUCCAGAAGAAAGGCCCGGUGUAAGGCCGACCGGAGCACGAAACCUCGGCACGGGACUGAUGACCCUCUCUUCUCCAGAAGAGCCCCCCUCGAGGAAAUUGGUGUGGUUCUCUUUGACUCCCCCAAAGAAAAGACAAGCACUAACUUUUAUUUUCAGAACACAAAAGAACCAGGAUGCCAGCUCGCCGCCCAUGCUGUGCCUCCAGUCUGUCUUGGUGUGCUGGCAGAGGGAGGGGGCAGCCGCGUUCGUUUCUGAGAAUGCCCUUGCCUUGCUGUCUGUCACCCUGCAGGAUGCCUGAGGGCAGGCGGGUAUUGGCCAGGCCAAAGUAACAGACCCAGGAGUUACUGUACGCCAUUGACUAUGCUUGUUUAUUCAAAAGUAAGAAAAUCUGGCUGCAUUAGGGGAAAAAAAAAAAAAAAAAAAGUCCUAUUCUCCUUUAAGUAAACAAGAGACAUUUUAAUAAUUGCUUUCUAGCAAUCAGCUUUUAUUUGCCUUAAUAUAAGCUUUUAAGCAGUUAUCUGGUGUUCACUACCCUGUAACCAUAGUUCCAGAUCUUCGGCCUAGACUGCCAUCUAACAUACCAGAGAUGUUUUCAGCAAAAAAAAAAGAAAAAAAGAAAAAAGAAAAAAAAGAAAGAAAAGAAAAAAAAGAAAAAAAAGGGCUUUUCUAAUUGCCUCACUCUAACAUGGCUUAAUUUGUAGGGGUGUUUGUCAGGCACAAACUUCAUGUUGGCUUUCAGUUUUUAAACUAACCACAAAUCCAGUAAAAAGCUAUCUGAAACUCACAGGUCAGGUGUGUAUGUGAGCGUGCAUGCAUGUGUGUCCAUGUGUGAGCGCGUGUGUAUAGAAACUACCUUCAUUUUAAAUCAGUUUUGUUUUGUCUACGAUGUUGGUCACCGUGCUGCAGUAUUGACUUUGACUCCCGACCACGACCAUUCCAGAAUUCACUCAUCAGCUAACAGGUCACCUUUGCAAAGCCACCGUAAGGUUGAAUAUUUCAGAAAGAUGCUUUUAAAAGGGAAGUAGUUUAUAAGAGAUUUUUAAAGUUUUUUUUUCCACUUUUAUAAUUAAGGUACUGUUUUCCUCCCUUUAUUAAGAGAUCAUUGUUUUAAUUCAGAUAAUAGUUCAUUCUGGAGCCAGACAAAGCACGUUAGCCAUGUAUUAAGUAUUUGCCAUUUUCAGUUGUUUUCCUACUGAUUAGAGCGUUUACCAUUCUCUUUUAGUCUGGUGUCUGACUUUUCUAGCACACAGAAAUUUAGGCAACUAAAUUAAGGUUUCCGUUGCUUACUAAAUGAAUUUCCUCUACAUUCUUAGUCAUGAGAACUAUUCUAAGCAUUGAAUGUGAUCAUUGACAACAAACACUUUGAAGACAAAGCCUUGAUCAAAAGCUCUUAAACAUUUCAUCUCCUCGUUAAAACGAUUCCCCUCAAGGUGGGGGGGGGGGAGUAACUUCACUCAUUACAAAGCCAUCUUCAGCAUUUGCUCUAUGUACUUGGAUCCGUGUUUCUGAGGAAAAGGAUGUUCUCAGGUUAUAUAUUUUUUUCACGCUUUGGUAUACAUUUAAAAAAAAUACGUUUCUUCAAUAGUAUUCACCUUCUAUAAGACGCCAUGUGAAAAAGUUGUGGAAAUGCAGAAUAAAAGCUAAAAGCUGCCAACUUUCUACCGAAAUCUGAAAAACAGCCCAUUUUUGCCAUCUCGGGUUGUGCACACAGCCCACGUGGACUGUGACGAUACCGUCGAACUGUAGCGCUUGUGCUGUGGUGGAGACAGGUGCAGGGACACGGAGCCUCAGCAUGACAUUCUGAGAUCCUGCUCAUAGUGUAAGCCGACCACACACAAGUCACACAACAGAUAACAGAGGAGAAGGGGUCAUCUUCUGUGAAUUUCCCAGUGUUAGUUCAUUUUCAGUGUCAGAUUUUCAUUUAAGUGGCACCAGAAAAGGGAAUGUUCUGGAGUUCUUGAAAAUGCCAAACCCUAUUUUUGUCCUUCUUCUUUGGAAAUCAUUGCCUUUGCGUAGAAAAAUCAAAUUCAGGGACCAUGAAUGAUUUUUAGUGGGAAGAUCUUCCUAACCUGAGGGGUCUGAGAUUUUUACUUUAUCGUGCUUUUAAAGAAAAAAAAUUUUUUUUGUUAUUGUUACUAUUUGUUUGGUCUUUUGCUUUAAACUCUUAAUUUGAUCCUAGAAAAGCCUGAAUGUUUGUGUGUGACAUUUGACUAAGGUGGUUUAGGGACCGCGUGUCAGAAGACAGGUAGGUGUUAGGCGCCAGCAAUAUCCGGUUUUAAUCAGUUGCACUUGGUACAGAAUGUUGAGGAAGGGUUUAAAGUGUCGUCUUUGGAAAGCACAAAAGAAACCUGGAAAGGCAGUUUGGCUCAGGUAGCUACAUAUCCGUUGUGUGUAAUUUUUACUGUAAAGCUGUCUAGAAGGACAUGCGGCCAGCCCCAACCACUAUUUACAUUCCCAGAUAACCAGGAAGCAGAUACAUUUUCAUGGCCUUCUCUUAGCAGCCCUUUUCUCUGUCCUGAUCCCCGGUGUGGGUGAAAUUGGAAAUUGCUAGUCUAUUGCAAACCAGUUCCUGACAUAGCAAAAUUUGCUUUCAUAACUGCAGCAAAAGAAAUCAGUUCACCAAGUCAAUGCUGCAUUGUGUGUACUGUAUUAUUUUCAGAAAAUAUAGUAGUCUGAGUCCAAGUUACCUUGAUUUUAAAUUGAUAGAGAAAUGCAAGAAACUGUCAAGCAAGUUAUAUAACAACUAACAACAUUGCACUUUCUGUAUAUGAAAUCAAUAUUUAAAUAACUUAUUUUUCUCCAUUGCUGUUCUUAAACAUUGUAAGUAGCUGUAAUAUACCAGUACCGAUAUGUCCUUGCGAUUGCUUCAGCCCAGGAAAGCUGUGUAUUGUUUUAAAAAUUGUAAAAACUAUUGUGAUGAUUCAUUUAGCAAAGAGAAAGGUGGACAGAAGGGUUUUCCUAUGUAUCAAACUUGUCUAUAAUUAUGUCAUCUUAUGUACCUAGGAAAAAUAAAUAAAUUUCGUCACUUGA